AUGGGGCAUGUGAAAGAAGAAAUGUCCCCGCGGCGAGAGGAUACCGCCGUGGAGAGUCCAAUGAUGCUUCCUACGGAGCAGCACAGCCGGGUCAUACAGCCUUUUCACGCCCACAUUCUCUUUCUGGAGGAUGCCUUUUUUAGCGCUGAACAGCAGAAACUGGAGAUGUUUGACUUGGGGUGUGCCUUUCUGGUGCCGGUCGACAUUUCACGCUCUCUCACACCGGAGCAGAUGGAGGGGGCGGAGCAGCGUUUGCAACUACUUUUACGUUCCUUUGAGAGGGCCUGCCAGGAUGAACUCGCAACUCUCCGAGAAGAAGGGGAUGCAUUAAAACAGCGGAUGGCGCACAUCAUUGCGAUGUCCGAAGAAAAGUGGAGAUUGGCUGAGCGCUCCCGUCAGGAUGACUUUAUGGAGAUGUCUGUCGCAUGUCAAAAAGACGUUGCUGCCAUCACCGCAGAGUUGCGGUCGGGGGUACUGAGUUGCCUCCAAGACAGCCGAAUGAGUGCAGUACUGGAAGAGGCCCUGAACGUCAAGAUCAAUGAGCUGCGGGUGAUGCAAGGACAACUGGAGGAUCUCACGGAGUUGCGAUUAAAGGAGUUCACGGAGCACCAAAAGCUCCUGCAAGCGGAACGGGAAAGGCACCGAGAACGUUUUUUGGUACUACAGGAGGAGACCACACGAACAGUUAACUCGUUGACGGCGGACAUUGAGCGGCAGCUGCGCCAGCAUUUGCGAGAGAUUAGGGAGGUGCAGCGGCAACACACUGUUCAGGUGAAAGACUUGGAGAGGCAACUGCAAGAAGAGAGGGAAGCCCACGCCACUGAGUCGCAGAAGCACACAGAGGAGUUGGAUCAAAUCCAAGCAACGGUGAAAAAAUUAGAGGAGGAUAAAACGCGGCUCAUGCAGGAGUUAGGUGAGCAGCAUUCACAAGUCGAGGAGUGGCGUAGGCGCUACAAUGAGCGGGAUUCGCUGGCCAAGUUGGAACGGAUAGAGCACCAGGCGCGUUUUGAUGAGCUGCAUGUCGAGGAGGCACAGACGUUUCGCAAACAAUUGGUUGACAGUGUGCGCCGCAGUGCCUCUUUAUCAUUUGAUCGCCCAAAUUCUAACGGAAAAUCAUUGUCGAGGAGUAGUGCUCCCCAUUCAUUUCUCAUGACGAGCGAGAGUAAUGUGCAGGGCCGUCAUUCAACCGGGGCCGCUGAGGGAUCCAUUCAUUCACUGCACUCUCAUGAGAAACUCACGGCCGUAUUGUCCCCAGGGUCUUCUGAGGGUUCUGCUAACCCGUAUGCCAACAUAUCGCUUCACAAUCCAACGUCAAGUUAUGUCAGGCUUAUGAACUUGUCUGAGCAAUUGAAAAAACAUAUUGAAUUCAACUGA